AUUUUCAACGAGACCCAGAGAAAAUCUGAGGGGAAGACAUCAUUUCUCUCUGUGUCUUUGGAGCUAAGCACACGAAGACAACGAUACGGAGAGAAUUUCAAAAGGAUUCUAUUUAUAUAAAAUAGUCCACUUAAACUAGCCAUGGCCGAUACAGCUGUUGAUACAACCGCCACCACAGAGGUUACAGCCAAGGAGCUGAAGGAGAAGAAAGAAGUAGAAGCGGAGGAGGAGAAGACGAACGAAAGCGGGGACGCACCUGCCAAUGGCACAAAUGGUGCUGAGCACAGUGACAAAAAAGAAGAAACUACAGAGGAGGAGCAAAAGAAUGGAGAUGAAAAAGAGGAGGCGGCGCCCCCUGCUGAGGAGACUGAUGCACAGCCUGUGAAGCGCACAGCUGAAGAGGAGGAGGACAAAACUGAGACAAAGAAGCAGAAGACAGAGGAGAAUGGAGAUUCAAAAGAGGCAGAUGUGGAGGCUUAAGUCUUUACCCUGCUACUUGUUUGCGGCACUGUCCUACCAGCCUGGUCAACAACAUUUUGUAGAGCUUGUGCUUUCUAUGUUUUUCGAAAGAGAUUUUCCUUUUGGUUGCUCCCAUGUUUUCACAUUGCACUGGAGUCUUUUGAAAUGUAGUGGCCCUGCAUACUUCUUUUUUAUGAAAUGUUAUUUAUUGGUCUUGAAAUGAACUUUUUUUUCCUACUUGUUCAAGUUGGGCCACGCCAUAAGAUCAGUUUUUUCAUUUCCUGACGUUUCACAUCAGUAUAUGUUAGAAGCACAAUCUCUGUGGAAGUGUUGACCAGGUGUUUCAUACAUACAGGCAGCUGCUCACCCUCAAGGCUCAUUUUUGACCUCUCAGAUACAU